AUGCAUGCUGCAAUUAUGUCACAGUCUCGGAACGAAAUCAUUUCAGCGUUUUUCCCAGAAGACGGAAGUUUAUCGAAAGGUGUCGGUUUUAUACGCUUCGAUCAACGCAACGAAGCUGAACGAGCCAUACAAGAAUUAAAUGGUAAAACUCCAAAAGGUUAUUCUGAACCAAUUACUGUCAAAUUCGCUAACAAUCCAAGCAAUAGUGCUAAAGCUCAAAUCCCACCACCACUGGCCGCUUACCUUACACCACAAGCGGCUGCUGCAACACGCCGUUUAGCAGGAGCUCUACCUUCAGCUGGACGUAUAAGAUAUUCUCCUUUGGCUGGUGAUUUAUUAGCCAAUUCAAUUUUACCUGGCAACGCAAUGACUGGAUCUGGUUGGUGCAUUUUUGUUUAUAAUUUAGCACCAGAAACUGAAGAAAAUGUAUUAUGGCAAUUGUUUGGACCAUUCGGUGCCGUCCAAUCAGUAAAAGUUAUUCGCGAUCUUCAAACCAGCAAAUGCAAAGGAUUUGGCUUCGUUACCAUGACAAACUAUGAUGAGGCGGUAGUGGCAAUACAAUCACUUAAUGGUUACACGCUUGGCAACAGAGUUUUGCAAGUUAGCUUUAAGACCAAUAAAACUAAAGCAGCUUAAACUACUAGGAAAAUAUGAAAUAUAUUUAACUAGAAUUAAGAUAUUUAAAAAAAUUUAAAUGGAGUGAAAUUUA